GAAUAGAUGGUUCACACCAAGCGUUUCUUGGCUGAUCGACGUCGGUGGUCGAGCCAUGGCCUCGAAAUCAGUCGACGACAUCGAGGCUUCCUUGGCGAAAGCUGCCCAGGCCGAGCUUCGCUCAGACUGGGACCAAGCAUUCAAUCUCUACGCCCGCGCCGCCGACCGCGCCAUACACCUCUCAAGAGACACCACAGAUGACCAGGCACGUGCGCGUUUACGCCAGUCUGCCCGACGAGCCCUCGACCGUGCGGAGAAGAUCAAGCGGGCGCGCCCCGUAGCGCCGCUCCCCGCCGACCCAUUCUCACCUCAACAACAAGCAGCCGUUCUUGCUCGCGGGGCUGUCGUCAAUGGAGUUCGGAUGCCUCUGUGGACGGACCCCGCACCGCCUCUGCAGGACCGCGAUGCGCACGUGUCGCUUGCUCCUGAGCAGAUGGCCCGCGGCGCGACUUGGAAACGCCCCUCUGAGUUUCUGACCGACUACACAACGGCGAGCACCAGCGGCUCUGGUGGGGACGAGGAUGCGCCCGACCCGAGAGGCGUUCGUCAGAGCGUCGUCAACGACUGCUCAGUCUGCGCCUCAGUGGCCGUAUGCGUCGACUAUCAACGCCGAUUUAAGUCUACCCUUCUCGUUGGGUCACUUCACCCCCAAGAUGCUUCGGGGCUUCCGAUCCGAUCAGCGAGUGGCGAGUACGCCCUUCGCGCCUUUCUUAACGGCGCAUAUCGCCGAGUAAUCCUGAAUGAUCGUGUACCGGUCGAUUCAGAGGGAUGUCUCCUGGGCGUGUCGCUUACACACCGACAUUGUCGUGUCCUAUGGCCGGCUCUGGUUGAGAAAGCAUAUAUGAAGAUAACUGGUGGAUACGACUUUCCGGGAUCAAACUCGGGGGUGGAUCUUCAUGUUCUUACAGGAUGGAUUCCAGAGCAUCUCGAGAUAAAGAGCUCUUCAUUCGAGUGGGAGCGAACUUGGAGGAGACUACGCAAGGGGUUCACGGAAGGUCACUGUGUUAUCACCGUCGGUACUACACGAGAUGCUGUGCCAGACCCGCGUUUCCUGCCAGCCCACGCAUAUGCAGUUAUCGACCUAUCCGAGAGCGGUGACUCGCGACGAUGUACCCUGCUCGACUCUCGGGUUGCUGAAGAGGAUGAGAAGAGACUGGAUCCUGACGACUAUCUCAGUCAUUGCCAGGUUUACGAACUUGAGUGGGAGGAGGUCUGCAACAUAUUUGGGAGUGUGCAUAUAAGCUGGGAUCCAGCUCUAUUCAGCCAGAGCCUCGCAUUUCACGGGGCGUGGCAUGCAACCUCGGCUACGGGCGGAAGACAGUCAAGCACACAUAGAACUCGCCACCUUCUGCUGCAGUGUGGCCCGUCGCAUGAUACGCGGCAUAGGCCCUGCCUAUCGGAAAGUCGAAGCUCAUCAUCAUGCUCAUCAAGCUCGAGCCGGGAGAAUGAUGGGGGCAGCGACGAGGUGUGGGUGCUCUUGACGCGACAUUUGCGGAAUACGCGGAAGCACGGGGGCUAUAUUGCGCUGAAUACCCAGAGUCAGGAUGCUGGAGUCGGACCAGGCGAUCUCUCGCGAAUAGCAUCCAAGGGGACGUACACGGAUAGCUCGCAUCUACUUGUGCGCACCCGCGUUGGGGUGCAGUCGAACGUGCUAUCUCUGCUAGCCUGUUUUGAUGAACCGGACAAUCCGGUGGACAAUUUGAAGGCGGAGGAUGUAGGGUUCACUAUCACAGCCUACGCCCGUUUCUCUCUGUCAUGGGAUACGCGUGCAGCCCCGCCAGCCCACACGUCAAAGAUCGACGGCAUUUUCUCCAGCAAGAACGCCGGCGGCAACCCGUCAUGCCCAACAUAUAUGCUCAAUCCUCAGUACUAUCUACGCUUGCACCCUACCUCAUCUACCUCGCCAUCAUCAACUCGUCCUGCUAGGCUGGUACCGACUGCUUCGCAGUCUCGAGUGAAAGCUCCGGAGGGCCACCGUGUCACAAUUACAGCAUAUGGCUCGAGAGAAAUGCCCCUGAACCUCGUGCUCGUAUGGUCGCAAGGCGAGCGCGUCAUUGAGCUUUCGCGUAAAGAGAUUGUGGCGAACUCGGGUGCGUACGUGUACGGUUCUGCUCGUAUCUCGACGUCUCUACCUACUGGCAGUUAUACACUGGUUUUGUCUGCGUUUGACGCCAGUCAGAUGGGCGAUUUCAGCAUCCAGAUCGAGAGUGAGGCACGCUUUGAUUGCGCUCCGAUCGCGCAGGAGGGUGCUGGCAUGUACAACAGGAUCGUCAGAGGCGAAUGGAGUUCCAAAACUGCAGCAGGAGGCCCUAGCAAUGGAAAGUACGCAGAUAACCCAGUGUACGAGAUACGCAUGCCAAUAGCAUCGCAGUUUGGAGCACGCCUACAUUUUGUUACACCCUCCCCAUCAUCAUCUCUCAACGUCUCGAUCUUCUCUUCACCGCGUUUGGCGUCAGAUGAAUGCGUUGCGACAUCAGGACCGUACUCGGACGCCAUAUCUGGGGUCGACAUACCCCCGAUCUCGCUUGCUGCCGGUCGAUACUACAUGGUCCCGAGCACGUACAACGGCGGUCUGCAAGGGAAGUUCAAGAUCGUCGUCUACCACUCAAGUGCAGGCGUGGCUGUGUCCCUCCGCGAGGGCCGGGCUCAAGAUUAGGUUAAUAAGAUAUUUCGGCCGCCUCUGAACGGAGCGGUGGAGUGGUAGCGUAUUUGUUGAAGCGGAGAGACGGGUCGGUGAAGAGGAACUCGUUCACCCGCUUCAGGGUCGCACGAGAGGGGUUCGCAGAAGGGCGGCUGGCGAUGAUCCACUGAAGCCGGGUCUUUACGAUUGAUUUAUCUAGGCGUUGUACCCCAGGUUCGGGGCGGAAGUCGCCGUUCUCAUCGAAGUACAUGGCCAGGGUCGUGAGGGCAAUUCCGACGGACUCGUCCUUGCCCGAGUCGCACGAGAUGCAGACGAUGCGAUCAUUGACGAGUUGGGCGUGAACGAAGGACAUCGCCUGAGGAAGGGCGAUUUGUAGGAGAUGGAUAUUGCCGCGCUUGCCUGCGGGAAUGUUGAUUACUUUCCGAGGAGGGUUUGAUGUCUGAUCCUGAUUGAAGUUUGUGGAGGACGUCGGAUCGCUUGCGACAGGAUCGUAUGCAGAGGUAAGCUGCAGGUAAGAAACUCUUCCACUGUUCUUGAUGUCAAUGGGAACCUGGCAUGAAAGAGGACACGGUAGGUCCUGAUUUGCACAUAGCAGGAUCCGUUCCCUCACAUGCUUAACCGGACUCGGUAGCAGCUUCCAAGUGCCGGUACCGACAGGGAGCGGCCCAGAAACAGCGUUGACUAAAUUAAGCACUGUGUUCUGAAGUUCGGCGCGGGAGCAUCUAAGGAUAGCCGAUUGGUUUUUCCAAAAUAUCUCGGGGGUAAGACCCAUUCCCCAAAGUUCGUGGUCGUCACCAGAGCCUUGCACGUAGGAGAAGCCGCCAUAUCUCCUCUCCACUCCAUCGAAGACUUGUUUCGAUGCCGAUACGCAUACGAUAGGGUAUGAUCCUUUGGCCUUAAUGGAAGGCGCCUGCGGAAAAGAAGUAGUGGAUGGCGUGACCCACACCGGCCGUAGAGAAGCUGUGAGCUGUGGAAUCUCAUACGAAGACGUAGCAAGAUCAUGCGCCCAAGAGUCCAGUAGCUCCGAUAUCUGAGUGUGCUCUUGGGCUGAGACAACACCGGGAGGGGUGUACAAUUUGGUGUUCCAUAUUGUUGGAUCAUGGAAGCGAGCCACAUCUGGAUAUCGCAGCGAUACGGCUCGGUUUAUUACCGCACACCAGAUCGGUACAGUCUUAGACAAUGCAUCUGGCAUGCGCUUGCCCGCACGGGUUGAAUCCACGAGAAGCAUGCCCUUGUGGUCCUCGAUAAACGUAAGGAGAUGAAUGUUUGGGCGCCGAAGAUUGAACGACCAAUUUCGAGUAUGGCCAUCAGUAGAUUUGAAAUAAGCGCUUUGAGUUGAGGCAAGUUUCGGGUCGACAUACCAGGCGCCACACCGAAGGUUUGGAACACAAGGUAAAUCGUUGUACGUCUCGGCGACUUGUUCCAUGAAAUUGGCAUCAUAAGCGAUUGAAUGGAUGCGAUUAUAGAGGUCUUGCGAUUCUCUCCGUAUUUCUGCUAAAACGUCGCUAUCCUCCACGUAUUGAUCGGACAGCUUCAUAGCCUGACCCAGCCCUUGACACGGGUUUACGUUCUGACCUGGAUGACGGCAAGCCUGAGGGACGAUCGGAUGCAGGGGCACGCGGAUGCUCCGUUC